UACGCAUCUAUCCGGUCACUUUGCGUGACGUUACUUACUUGCAAAUAUCAAAAGUGCCAUCUUUCUUUCCAAAUUGAAAAAAAUGUCAUUAAAAGAUGACGCCAAAUUUAGAAACAAUGGAAUGGACUCUAGUUAUGAACAUUCGUUAGAUUCGGAAAAAUUAAUGGAUGAAUCAAGACAGCAGAAAGGCGAGGCCGUAGUGGAGAUCAAAGAUGAACGACAAAACCAACUCCUAUACAAAGUCUCCGAUCAUCCCCCGAUAUACCUAACUAUCUUCUGUGGUCUACAGCACACUUUAAUUUCUCUUUCCGCGAACAUGGCGAUCUCCCUUUUGGUAGCUGAUGUGACAUGUGCAACUCACAUGGAAGAUAUUAAAACCACACUUCUGAGUUCUACUCUUCUGAUGUCGGGUGUCUGUACCUUAUUGAUGAGUCUCGUCGGUUCCAGACUUCCUCUAUUUCAAGGAGCUGCAGGAGAUUUUCUUAUCCCUCUGUUGGCUAUGCAAGUUCUGGACAAGACGAGGUGCAGUUUUAAUGACGACUUCGAUUCUGAAUUAAACUCCACAAUUGUAAACACUACAAUUACAGCAAACCAUAGAGAAUACAUUCUAAGCAACAUCCAAGAUUUACAAGGAAGCCUCGUUGCCGCUGGAACUUGUCAAUUUUUGAUUGGAGCAACAGGUUUGGUCAGCUUCCUUCUGAAAUUCAUAGGACCAAUUACUAUCGUUCCUACUCUAUUUUUAAGCUGCGUCUUUAUCGUCAGAGCAUGCGUCAAAUUUGCGUCAGUACACUGGGGCGUUGCACUGUUGGUAACUGCUGUUUCCCUGAUUUUAUCCUUGUAUCUCAGCCAUCGCAAAACACCAAUACCAAUGUGGACGAGAAAGAAGGGGUUUCACAUUCUCUGGUUUCCACUACAUCAAGUUUAUUCAAUUCUGAUUGGAAUUUUGGUUGGUUGGUUUGUUUGUGGCGUUAUGACAGCGGUAGGAGCUUUUGACCCAGAUGAUAAGUUGGCCAGAACGGAUACUGGAUUGGAGGCUGUCAGAAAAUCUGCGUGGUUCCGCGUUCCCUAUCCGGGACAGUUUGGUCCUCUGUCAUUCAGCACAAGUGUUUUUGCGGGAUUUAUGAUAGGGACCAUUGUAUCAAUCCUCGAUUCCAUUGGUGAUUAUUACGCAUGCGCAAAAAUGUCCAAUGUGCCACCGCCCCCUACUCACAGUGUAAACCGUGGAAUCCUUAUUGAAGGGCUGUGUAGUAUUAUAGCGGG